AUGCACAGCAAAGAACUGGCUGGCAGACUCCGGAAAAGGGAAACCGAAAAUGAUUUAGCACCAAAUUCAAUCUCUUCUCCCGCUGAAAGGUUUAGGUGCCCACAUCCUGAAUGCAACAAAACCUUCUCACGCCAGGAACAUUUGUCAAGACACAAGCUAAAUCAUUGGCCAAAAGAAAUAUAUGUUUGUUCUUUCGUGCAUCCUACUACAAAUGCGCCUUGUAAUAAAACGUUUGUGAGGAAAGACUUAUUGAUCAGGCAUGAAAAGAGACACUCGAAGGUGAAAAAUAGGCUAACUCGGACAAAUAAAGAACAGGUUUCUACAUUAAAUCAAGAACUUUCUAAAAACUUGCCAUACAAUCCUAAUGAAUUGCCCAUUGCUGUGCAGAAUGGCACUUCUACCAUGAACUCCAAUUCUGUAAAUCUACCAUCGGUUACACAUGAAUCAAAGUUUCGCCCUUUUAUUCAACAGCCCCAACAGCUUCAGCAACCACAGCAAUCACAACAAAUGCAACAAAUGCAACAAAUACAACAACUGCAAUUUCCACAGCAGCUGCGGGCACCGUUGCAACAACCUAUAUUGCAGCAACAAAUGCACACACAGCAAUCAAGUCCUAAUUUUCCUUCUUAUGAUACUCGAAUAAGGAAUAAUGGUCAAAAUGGUAAUCAGUUUUUCAAUUUGAUAUUUGAUAACCGUACUAGUGCUAAUGGGUUCGAAGUUGAUGCAUCUAAUAACAACAGUAGCAGUAAUAAUCAGAAUUUAAAUAUUAAUCCAAAUGUACAGCAACGAUAUCAAGACAGAACCUCCACCAACAGUUCAUAUCAACAGCCAAUCCAGUCAUUUCCCCAGGAUCGGCAACAAGAACAAUAUUUUCAGCAGCAAAAGCUUACGGAACAACAACAACAACAACAACCGUUACCACCGCAGAAUCCAUUUACAGAUCAAUUAACAUCCUCUUCUAGCGGUGCUAAUUUGUCAAUUAUGCAGGACCUUUUUUCUACAAAUUUCUUGAAUAGCGAUCCAUUACAAUCGUUCAUGCAAGAACUUUCUGAAGCUCCACAGGUGAGUAUUGAUGAUACAUUUGCUGAUAAGACUACAGUUCCCGCUAAUGAAAAGCCUUUUCAACAAGACGAAAGGUUUCAAAAUCCUCCGGUUAUGUUUGAAUUGCAACAAGACAAUGUCAAAAUUCCCAAAGCCCAACCAAAAUUCAACGAUAACCCUAGCACCUCAGUAAAAGAUAAUCUUUCCAGCCAAAAGCUAAACAUCAAUAAGCUAAAACGGAGAUCAUCGAAAGAUUUAGGAGUAGAGAGCAAUUUCUCUUUGAACUACAAGGAACAAUUGCGCCAUUCUAUGAAAAGCGUUCCUUCUUUUUUCCAUCCACAUCCUUUAACAAAAUAUAAGAUAUCAAAAGAAAAAUGCCAAGAAUUGUUUGCUUUUGUUCCAGAGCUACGCUAUGUCUCUAUUGAAUCUAUACACAAAUCAUUAAAAUCAUUUUGGUUGAAUUUCCACCCCCAAUAUGGUCUCAUCCAUAAACCCUCCUUUCAUGUGGACAAACAGCCUGCGAUUUUGAAUCUAGCACUUAUUAUGACUGGUGCAAGUUUUCUAGGAAGCGAGUAUCGGGAACAAAUUAGUGAUCCAAUUUGUGGACCUUUAAGGUGGAUAAUUUUCUCUCAUGCUGAUUUUCAACCUCCUUCUAAAACCUACAUCAUUCAAAGUUUAUUAUUAGUCGAAGGAUAUGAAAAGACCAGUACAAAUAGAUAUCUACACGAAAGGUCUUUUUUGCACCACGGAACAACCAUCCAAUUAUUAAGACGAACGCCUUCUUUAGGUGGACAUCCUUUAAUGGUCAAGACUGGCACUAAUUCUGGGGAAAGUUCAAUUCAAGACCCACAAGAAGUUUAUAAAAGAUGGAUUGAUUUUGAAAUGUUGAAAAGAAUAGCUUUUUAUGCAUUUUACAUGGACACUACACAUGCUGUAGUGUUUGGCUAUUGGAAUUUAUUCAUUAAUAGUAACCAAAUUCAAUUAACAUUGCCUUGUCCCGAUCAAGUCUGGGAGUCUUAUGAUCUGAGUUACGAAACUUUGAUGGAGCACGGGUAUGGAAGCACAAAAAGGGAUGAGAAUAACACAUUCUUGUCGGCGUUGAUGCAGUUAAUGAAAAACGUCAUCCAAAUUUUACGAAAUAAUAAUAUGCAAAGAAACAAAGGAAAUAACGAUGACAAAGGGGAUAGUUCGAUAGGCUUCGAAAACACUACAAAGUGGAAUAUUCAAAGUCUUUUUGGUAAGAAGAUUCUCCUGGCAGGGAUAAUUUCUAUCUUGUUUCAAUGCCAGGAGGAAUUUAAUGGUGACUAUUUUAUUACUAAUUUCAGAGGCGGUAUAACUGACCAUUUAGGCCUUUCAUGGAAAGAUAUUCUCUCAUUUGCGAUGAAUUAUUGGCUUCACGAAAUUCAAAAAAGCUGCACUGACCUGAAAUUAUGUAGGAUAAACACCCCAUGUGAAGAAGCAUCAACCGAAAGAGAAAGUGAUCAGGAUAAUGGAGAUUGCGAGAAUGAUGAAAAUUUAGACUUACUUUCCGCCGAUAAUCCUUCUAAUUGUAAAAUACCCGUUAUUCACAUCUCUCAAAUUGUCUUACGUAUCCUGCAUCACGAUUAUUAUAUAUAUGCGGGAGCACCUUGGAGGAUGAACGUUCCAAUUGGCCGCGACGAAUAUGAUAUGAUCAGUCAGAGAAUUCUCCAGUUUGCAAAAGAUCCCUACAAUGGUGGUGUAGCUGUUAUCUAUGCAUUCCAGUUUUUGUUUGAAAUGUUUAUCAUAAAGGAGAAUAACCUUCCAACCAUUGUGGAAAACUAUAAUGUGAACUCUGAUCCUGUAAUCACAAGGCCAUAUGCUAUUGCAUUAACUUCGCUCUUGAUUUGGUCUUGUAAUUUUGCAUUACAUGGUUGUGAAGUUAGCAUAUGGGAUAACACGGAUGACCCAAAUGAGGAAUCUCUUCAACCAAGUGACAGCAACAGUCCAAGUACAAUUGGUAGCUCUAGUAAUAAUGGAGCAACAAUUGCAAAUAACAACUUAAAAGAGAAGAACAAUUACAUUCCAAUGGAAAGUUUUGAAGUAUAUCUAUUAAGAAUGUAUCAGAACCUGUAUGUAGACAGCUCACUCGAUGUAGUUAGCUUUCAGAAUGAAAUUUGGGCAAAAGCAAGUCUACUUCAACACAUUUCUAAUACUCACUUUCUAUGUGGGAUGAUGCAGUUUAUGAGAGAUACUUUCAACAAGAGUUACUGGGAUUUAGGACGCGAAUUUGGAAAACUCUUUGACAAUUGUUUGGAGAGAAGUCUAGGGAAAACCUCACCCACAUGUCAUAAUAUGUUUGAUGUGUAG